AUGGCUGUCUGCCUCCAAGCAGGCAACAGGAGCCCCACGCUGGGCAGGCAGGACAGUCUUGGAUGCAGGAUAGGUGGCAGCGAUCCCAGCAGAUCUUCCCUGAAGCGGUUCGUUGUGGAUCUCCUCGGGCCAUGUGACUUCUCCAUUGUGGUUGGGGUGCUGUUCCCAGUGGCGGUCAUAUUUGUGGUGGUUGCUAUGGUAAUCUGGCACCAAAGCACCAGAAGAAAGCAGAAAAAAGUUCAGAGGCCACUGUCUAUCACUGGCACUAGGCCACACAAACAGAAGAGGAAACCCCAGAUGGUGAAGGCUGUUCAACCCCAAGAGAUGAGUCAGAUGAAGCUCCAUGGUCCUGAUCUCCUAGUAGAAGGCAAUGGGCCUCCAGCUUCUCUUCAUAAAGACACAAAAGUACUUCCCUCUACUGUUUUCAAAGAUAAACAAAUAUCCACAUAUCAGGGCUCAAAUCCAAAAGUGUGAAGCAACAGCUAAGCAAGAAUUGAUGGGGAAAUGAUUAACUUGGAAGAGUGGAUGAACUGGAUGGAAGAGAAAUACACCUCUUUUCUCACUACUAUUUGCUCUUGACACUUAGGAGGUUAACAUUUCCUGAUUUAUGUUAUACUUUGAUGAUAUUAAAUAAAAUCUUUCAAGAGGGGCAUA